AUUACAUUUCUCUGACUGCUUCUUUUUCUUGGGUCUGGGUGUUGAAGGGCCUCUGGGAGACAGCCUGUGCACUAUCGGGGGAGGCUGCAUGGGGCGAGGGGAGGGCUGGAGGGCGGCGGGCGGGGAGUGUGAGAGGGCACUCUUGUGAGCACGGAAGGGUCCCACGGGGGCCGGAGCUGAUGCCUGCAUGGGCCACUGAAAGGCAUCUGGGGACCCAGAAAUAGGCAAGGCUUCCGGAGGUGCCUGCUGCUAUGUCUCUGUGCCCCCGGGAGAGGCACCACGGGGCUUGGACAGCGAGCCACCAGGCAUGGGACCCACUUCCCAAUCCAAGGUCCCCCCUGUGUUUGUCAUGCCACAUCUAGGUUGCACACCUUAUUGCCGAUCUUCUGACCGUGGUUCCUGCCUUAAAUGGUUUCCUCCUGAGUCCCUUAAGUUCUUCUACCGCCUCUUUCUCUUAUUCCCCUCUCCUUUGGCUCUGUCCACCCCUGCAGGACCGUGCACUCUUUGAGGGCAGGGAAUACCGUGUUAGUGCAUUACCGCUUUUGCUUGUUCCCAGAACCCGCUGCAGAAGUAGGGCAGGACCCAAGUGGGCCCACAGUCGGGGUUCACCCACAGAAUGCCUGUCCUCUCCUGCCGAGCUGGGGACAGCUUUUUACCACUGGCUGAGCUGACUUUCAUAAAGUGGGAACAUUUCCUGGCUCUCUCCCACCAGCUGGGCCUCAUCCCAGACUGUGGUAGAUUUGGGGAGAGGUGCCUACACUUUCUGUACACAGAGAAAUAUGCCUGCAGAGCCAGAUGGUCCCCAACUAGCUAAUAAUGUCUACAGACACGCUUGGGACCUACCAUGCAUGUAUCCUCUGCUGUAGGAGAGCCUUGCGGAACCUUGGUUCUUCGGUUGGUUCAGGGUCUCGGUGGGUGGAAGAGAUGGCAUCACAGCCAAAUUCUAAGGGGAGUGCUAAGUGCUAAAAGAGAAAGGACCUUAGAAGUUAAAGCAAGGUAAAGAAGCAAAUGUAAGGGCAGUAUUAGGUUCCUCCGAACACCACAAAAGCCAGUGAUGCUGGUGUUCCUUAGAAACACACGAUUAGGCUGUGAUCUCCUUAUGAAGUCACAGAGUUGGAAAGGCUUGGAGGUGUCAGGGUGGGACCAGGCCAUUGCCAGAUGUGUGGACUUCUGGCUCUCCAGGACCCUGGAAGCAGCGCAUCCAGAGUCCGGCAGAGUGGUCCGGAGGAAGGGGACAGAAGGGAGGUGACAUUCAGUGGACAGCUUAUGCAGGAACUCCCCCGUCUCCUUGAAUGCACCCCACACUUACCUCCCAGAGGGCUUUCGGCUAGCCAUGCCUUUGAACAGUUAACGUGUGAUUUUUCCACGCAAACAUUUUCUAUAAUGUAGCUUAGAACCUAGUGUGGGAAGUUUGAGAAGAUGAGUGUUCUUUACUGUUCAAAAUCAGUACGGACACAAAAUAACUACUUGCUGCUGAAUAUUUAGCACAAGCACUGCCUCCGCAAAUUUCCUCGAAGCAGACUUUCCCUGCUUUCUCACGGUAGCCCAUUUCCGGUAGCUUAUUUCCUUAGACUCGUCCAAGCAGCUCCAUCCCUUGAGGCUAAGCUGGUAUUAGAUCCAGGCUCAUGUUUACGAGUAACAUAGGAUUCAGGUUCUGGAGGGGGGACAGAAUGAGGGAUGUUUUGAAUUAGCUGCGACAUCAUGGAAGUCCAAUUCCUUUGGGCACAGCAGUUUCCUUGGGCAGCUGUCGGUUGGGAUUUGGUAUGCCCCGAAGUCAGAAAUUUGUCUUAGUGUGAGAGCAGCAAGAAACGCCUUCAGAUGUUAUGUUCCUGAGUGUCCAGGAGGUGAAUUCCUGAAUGGGUUAGAGAAGGAAAAGUUGCGUAUGAGAGAGGAGUUCUAGGUAAGGGUGUCCUAGGGAGUGUCCUAGAAGCUGGACUUCGAGCCCAGGUCAAGCAUUCAGGGGUGUGAAGAGUUAGGGUCCCCUUUCUGAGUAGUGUUUGUCGGGGAGGGCUCCUGUCAACUCCCUGGAGGCCCAGGCAUCUGCAUUCCCGUGGAGACCCCGUGGCUGGAGCACUUGUUGGUCCAGAAGUCUCACUGCUUCCAGAUGUGUUUCCUGGGCUAGAACUUUUCUCUUCAACCUCAAGUCCAGAACGACAGCCACAGAAACGAGGAGUUGAGUGUGGAGGCUUCUCCCCACAAAGCACAGGGUCAUAGCCCCUUGGUGCAGCGUUCCCACAGACCCCGCUGCCCCUGGUGGAAGGGGCUCGAGCAGACACGCAUUGCCUGGGUGACCGCCCCUCCUCUGAGGCACAGAGAAAGGCAGACCCUCCUGCUUCUGGUCACUUCUCCCCUCACCAUCCUCACUGCUGCUCACAAUGGGCUGUCUGAGUUGGGGGCGUGGGGAGGGCUGGGCACGGCUUGGGCACCAGAUGACCUGGCUGUGUGGUUAACGCUUCACGCCUAGGGACGCAUUGUGUCUCUGCUGGCCCGUGAGAGGGUUUGGCAUGGUGGUUUGCUUCCCACGCCUAGGAAGGAGGGGACCUGAUGGGGUCAGCAGUGUCGGUGAGUCCACGCUGGACUCCCAUGAGCCUGCAAAUGCCCUUGAAUUUGGGGAGGCAGACUGUCACAAUGGAACUCAAAGUCCUGGCUUUUGCAGGGGUGGGUCUGUUUAUUUGGCAGUCCCGCUGGCUGGUCUCAGAGCUGGAAGCCAUGUAUCCACGCGAGCAUGUGGCGUCCAGAGAGGGUCCAAGAGCAGACUCUCUUUCCUGACACCCCAAUGAAUGAGAGCCUACCCUUGGAUCUGGACCCCGGGCAUUGGCUGGCUUAUUCGUUGUCUAUUAUGAUCUAUGCUCAUACAUGCGGGGGCAUUUCUUCUGAGCCCAAACAUUUGGAGAGGCCCUGGAACUGUGUCUCCUUGAGGGUUGACUGGCUUUCCCUCUUUGGCAUGGAUGGAAGCCCUGCUGUGCUGGGGUCUUCAUCUCCGAGGCUGGGCCUGUCCGAAUGUGUGCCACCCCCAUGCACGAGCUUUCCUGAAGAUAAACGGUAGAGGGUAAAGCAAGGCCCUCCGACAGGAUGGGAAGGGGACGCCAGGGCUGGUGGUUCAGCAUGCUUAGGAGCCUGGCCCAUGGUCAGAAGCCUGCCUAUUGGAAUGGGUCUGGAUCAGGAUUCCAUCCAGCCCCUCGGUUCCAUCCCUGCCACCCGCCUGGCCAGGACAUCAGGCUCCCUUGAAGAAAGACUUGCUCAGGUACUGGAGCCGUGGCCAUGGGAUGAUGGAUGGAUAUGGAGCACCUUCUGCUCCAUCAUUGCUCAGCUAACAGAGGAGACCCAGCCGCUAUUCGAGACCACGCUCAAGUCCCGGGCUGUGUCCCAGGACAGUGACGCCAAGUUCACCUGCAUCGUCACAGGAUACCCAGAGCCGGAGGUGACCUGGUACAAAGAUGACAUAGAGCUGGACCGCUACUGUGGUUUGCCGAAGUACGAGAUCACUCACCAGGGCAACCGCCACACGCUUCACAUUUACAGGUGUCAAGAGGAAGACGCGGCCAUCUACCAGGCCUCUGCCCGGAACACCAAGGGCAUCGUGUCCUGCUCGGGGGUCUUGGAGGUCGGCACCAUGACGGAGUACAAGAUCCACCAGCGCUGGUUCGCCAAGCUGAAGCUCAAGGCCGCCGCAAAGAUGCGGGAGAUCGAGCAGAGCUGGAAGCCCCGGAAGGAGGUGGUGGGAGACGCCGACACUCUGCGCAAGCUCAGCCCCGACCGCUUCCAGCGCAAACGGCGGCUGAGCCGGGACGAGGCGUCCCUCCCCUCAGCCCCGGCCCGGGAGGCUGAGAACAGGACCCCAGCGGCGUGGCAGGAGGAAGAGGCUGAGCCCGCUCAGCACCCAGCUUUGGGCCUCCUCAACAGCUUCGCUCCCGGAGAAGUGACCACCAACGGGGAGGCGGCCCCCGAGAAUGGGGAGGACGGGGAGCACCCCCUGCUGACGUACAUCUGCGAGGCCAUGGAGCUGGGGCCUCAGCGAGCCCCCAAAGCAGAGUCUGGGGCCAAGAAAAAGAAGAAAGAUGAGGAACCUAAGCAGGGUCUCCAGAAGCCAGAGUCAGAGAAGGCGGCUCGAAGCCCAAGGUCUCCUGAAGGCCGUGCCCCUAGUUCAGACAAGUCCGGGAUGCAGGGGCCUACGGACGUGGAGCAGGUCCAGACCCGGCGCGGAGGCAGGGCUGCGCGGGGGCCGGGGUCCUCUGGAGCAGAGAGCACCAGGAAGCCCGCUCCGGCUGUGGGCGCUCAAGAGCAGGCCCGGGAUGCCCCCGUCCCAGGCCCAGACCAGCAAGUGUAUUUCUCUCUAAAGGACAUGUAUCUGGAAAGUACCCUCGCAGGCACGCCGAAGGGGGAAGAGGGCUCCCAGACCCCAGGCAGCAGGGCACCUGGAGAGAGGCCCCCCGGGAAGGUACCCAGUGAGGCUGGAGGUGAAAGGGGGGCUGUUGCCCCUGCCCAGCCCACCGCUUCGGCCCCCCAGACAACUAGGCCUUUCAACAGGAAGAGAUUUGCCCCUCCGAAGCCCAAAGGGGAGCCCACCGCCAACAGCAAGUCCGAUCGUUCCCCGAGUCGAGCUCCAGAACCAGGGGCCCAGAGCUCAGGGAAGGCCCCACCUCAGGCCUCAGCCCCAGUGCCCACACCCCCUGCCCGGCGGAGACACGGCCCCCGCGACAGCCCCCUACAGGGUCCAGCUGGCCACAGCACUUCGGGAGAGGUCCCAGAAUCCCGGGCAAGCCCGGCUCCUACCGCGCUGGCCACCAACACCGCCGACAUGGUCUCUGUGGGUUGCAGUGACCCCAGAAGCCGGGGCAUCAUUGAGCCCAUGGACACAGACACCCAGGAAGCUGGGAGGACAUCUGCUGACCAGAAACGUGGAGGCAAGAAGAAUACAGAGGCUGAUGGGAAGAGGCAGGUGGAUGGAAGGACCCAGGGAGACAGGACACAGGCCACCCAGAUGACACAGGCAGAUAGGAAGAGCUGGGUGGACACUGGGCCACGAGAAAGUGAGAGGCCAGCAUCCGCCAGGAGGUUCCAGGAGGAUGUGGUGGCCCAGGGAGGGGCAGGGAUGCAGGUGGAAAGGACACAGACAGGCAGGAGGAUGCAGGAAGACAGAGGGACACGGUCCGAGGAGAGCACGCCCACAGCCAUGAAAGGUCAGUCCGAGAACGGCUCUGUGAGCAGCCCCGGCCCACAGUCCAGUGAGUGUUUCGACCAGAUCCCCGAAGGGCCCUCUGUCCCGGAAGAACCUGGUUUCGUGCUCAGAUCUGAAGAAGUGGCAGUCACGGCCCCCAGGAGCUAUGAGCCGGCAUUGCUGGCUGCCUCAGGAGGCGGUCGCACGCUCCCAGUCCAGCGGCCUCCCCAGGGUGGUCUGGAGCAGCGGGGAGGGCCUGAGUGGCCGGGGCUGGUCAAGGACAAGCCAGAGGAUGGCCUGAUCCCAGGCCCCAAGGAGGAGCAGCCGAGGGAGGUGACGUCCAUGGAUCUGGGUGGCUGUCCUCCAGCUGGCCAGAGCCCGGAGGCGCCCACUCUGCCCUCUCCUCCCAGGCGGGGCCUGACCACGAGCUCGCGGGAGGCUCUGCCCAGCACUCCGGCCCCUGAGCACACGAGUGCUGCUGCCUUCCCGCCCUCUGGGGACCAGGCCUUACUGAGGCCCGCCCCCCCACUGUCCAUGGGGCCAGGGACCCCCACCCAGAGUCACCCGCCAGCAGCCAUGUCCGCCAACACUGAGGGGUCCUGUGCCCCGGGGCCAGAUGCGGAAGGGAGGCCCCCGGGUCCCCAGAGCUGCGACCCCGGCCUCAUAGACUCCCUGAAGAACUACCUGCUUCUGCUGCUGAAGCUCUCCAGUGCAGAGCCAGGGGGCGGGGGCGCCGAAGCGCAAGGGGCAGCCGCCACUGGGGCUCCGGUGUCCUCGGCCACUCUGGUCCCCGACGUGGAGGUGGCUGGUCUGAGUCCCCGGACGUCCAGGCGCAUCCUGGAGCGCGUGGAGAACAACCAUCUAGUACAGAGUGCCCAGAGCCUGGCGCUGAGCCCCUGCACCUCCCGCCGCCUCACCGGCCUCCUGGAUCGCGAGGUGCAGGCUGGCCGUCAGGCCCUUGCAGCAGCCCAGGGCCCUGGCCUCAGCACCCUCACUGUCCCUGCCAUCGUGGUAGGUGAGGAGGGGGGCCCUGGGCUGGCCUCCGAAGGAUCCAGUGAGGGCGAGGGUGAGGGUCCCCCCAAGGGGCCUGGGCUCCCACGGGCCUCCCCGGAGAGCGGUGCACGCAGGUGGCUGGGGGAGACGGGUGGGCAGACAGCCUCGGGUCCAGGAGCACUCCCAGCAGACAGAAGGGCCCAGGAGCCCUUCCAGGAGGAGGAGGCCCCUGGGGAGGUCCCGACAGGCCUCCCUGCAGCGACACCAGAGGAGCUAGCUUUGGGGGCCCGGAGGAAGAGGUUUCUCCCCAAGGUCAGAGCAGGAGGAGACAGGGAGGCAGCCAAGGCUGAAGAAAGGGAGAGCCCCACGGUUUCCCCUCGGGGGCCCAGGAAGGGCCUGGCACCUGGGUCCCCGGGAACCCCAGGACGGGAGAAACGUUCCCCAACCCAGGGUAGAAAGGCAGGUAUGCUGGAGGUGCCGCGGGCAGAGGACGAGCCGGCAGCAGGAGACCUGGGCUCCGGCCCCAAGGCCAGCAGUGCAGACACAGAGCAAGUCCUGGAUGAAGGCAAGCAGGACGCUUCGGCCAAGUCCAAGAAAGCCAAAGAUCUGCUCAAAGCCCCACAGGUGAUCCGGAAGAUUCGGGUGGAGCAGUUUCCUGAUGCCUCGGGCAGCCUGAAGCUCUGGUGUCAGUUUUUCAACAUUCUCAGUGACUCAGUCUUGACGUGGGCCAAGGAUCAGCGCCCAGUGGGCGAGGUGGGCAGGAGUGCCGGGGACGAGGGGCCGGCGGCCUUGGCCAUCGUGCAGGCGUCCUCCGUUGACUGUGGCGUGUACCGAUGCACCAUCAACAAUGAGCACGGUUCCGCCUCUACCGACUUCUGCCUCAGCCCCGAGGUGUUGUCGGGAUUCAUCUCCAGAGAAGAAGGUGAAGUUGGAGAAGAGAUUGAGAUGACCCCCAUGGUCUUUGCAAAGGGUCUGGCUGACUCUGGCUGCUGGGGGGACAAGCUCUUUGGACGCCUGGUGAGCGAAGAGCUACGAGGGGGUGGACAUGGGUGUGGCCUGCGGAAGUCCUCCCAGGCCAAGGUCAUCUACGGCCUGGAGCCCAUCUUCGAGUCAGGCCGCACGUGCGUCAUCAAGGUGUCCAGCCUGCUCGUGUUUGGCCCCAGCAGCGAGACUUCUCUCCUGGGCAGGAACUACGACGUCACCAUUCAGGGGUGCAAGAUCCAGAACAUGAGUCGGGAGUAUUGCAAGAUCUUUGCGGCUGAAGCCCAGGCGGCCGCUGGCUUUGGGGAGGUGCCAGAGAUCCUCCCACUGUACCUCAUCUACCGGCCAGCCAACAACAUCCCCUACGCGACCCUGGAGGAGGACCUGGGCCAGCCCCUGCAGCCCUACUGCUCCCGGGAGUGGGGCAGCGCCGCGCCGGAGACGGCCGGCCGCUCCGAGGUCAGGCAGAAAUGCCAGACCUUCCAGCACUGGCUCUAUCUGUGGACGAAUGGCAGCUUCCUUGUCACGGAUUUGGCAGGGGUUGAUUGGAAGAUGACGGAUGUGCAAAUUGCAACCAAACUGCGAGGAUACCAAGGCCUCAAGGAGAGUUGCUUCCCUGCCCUGCUGGACCAGUUUGCCUCUUCCCACCAGUGCAACCCCUUCUGUGAGAUGCUGGGGCUCCAGCCCCUCAAAGGCCCCGAGGCUGCCCACCCUCCGGGCAAGGCCAAAGGCUCCAAGAGCCCAUCCACGGGCAGGAAGGGCGGCCAACUGAGUCCUCAGCCCCAGAAGAAAGGCCUCCCCAGUCCCCAGGGCACCCGGAAGAGUACACCAAGCACCAAGGCCACCCCUCCAGCCUCAGGGGCACUCGCCACCCAGUUACUGGGACAGCCUCCCACCCAAGAGGACAGCUCCAAGACCCAGGGCCUGCGGUAGCCCCCGCAGGAGGCUGGGGGCCUCCACCCGGCAGCAGACCAACAAGGAAGCAGCUUGAGGCAAUGGAGACUUUCUGGAACUACAGAACUAACCAAAGAAGGUGUGCCGAGGAGGCGCCACGGGGGGCUCUCAGAGCAGCUGUUCUCGGUCCCCUCCUCAGUCUGCCCCUCAUUGGACGGCUUUUGUGUGUGGUGGCACCCGGGGGCCCCUCCUGGGUCGCCGCCGGCCGGGGCCCCCAGGCCCCACUCCCAAGUGCCUGGCGGUCUAGCCCCUCCUUGAAGUUUACAUGGGCCACUGCUGGAGGCUCCCGAGCCCUCUGCAUGAGCUCUGCACCCAGCACCCCACCCCAGACCCUGCCGUGAAUGCCGUACUUUGGGGGCGCGCCGACCAGCGGUUACCCUCUACCUUUGCUUGGCCCCGAUCUCUCCCCAUCCUCGGGGCUCCAGACUUCCUGCGCUGAGUCUGGCCUGGUGACUCUCAGGGAGCUUUCUUCUUCCAGCUGCUUGGCCUCUUGCCUCCCAGCGUGUCCUGCGACUAACCUGUCACUGAGCCCACAUGGGGCUCAGGGCCCUUCCAGAGCCUGUCUUGUUCUUGUGCGGUGGUCUUCGGUGAUGCGUGUUCUUGGCCUUCC